GUUUCCGUACCCAACGUUGGAGCAGUGCGCCUGAACAUCAUUUUACUCAAGACCAUUUCUUGGACACACUCAGAGUACUGUUCAGAGUGCCCAAUAUUCAUUCAUGGCAGUACUAUCCCUGCCGUUAACAUUUACUAACUCGUUCUGGACUCAGGAUUAUCGGAAAGGCUUGGAGAUUUUGUAUAAUAAGCUCGAACAGGGUGUAGUGGAGAACCAUGAGAUUGUUGCAUUCAUAAGAGCUCGUGCAGCCGCUGAGGCUCAGAUUGCAACAUCAUUGCAACAUCCUGUAGCAAUUGGCUCACAUGGCGCCGGCUUCAACAAGGAUGAUGGGGCUUCGUUGUUGAUGGCUUUCCGUGGACUUCAGGCAGAGUCGGAAAAACAAGGCCAAGUUCACAAAGACAUUUCCAAGGACCUACGGGCUCUUGUAGCUGACCCAUUUAACGAAUGGGCUCAGGGAUACGAGGAGCGCCUUUCUUCCAGCAAAGCUAUGGUCAUGAACAACUGGCUGCGUGCAUAUGAAGAUUCACAAAAGGAGGUUAUUAAACUAAAGAGCUCUUAUCUUCAAAAAACACGUCGGGCAGAUGAGGCAGAGGAUGACGCGAAGUUUGCACCUAACAAUGAUCUAGGGGAUCAUUACACCAGCUCUCCGCGCCUUUUGCCACGUGACAAGACCACGCAACCACAACGCUCGGCUACGGUGUCUGAACGCAUUGCCCAGCGCUUCAAGGAAAUCCAGCGCAAGGCUGCCGGGACCUCGAAUUCAGGUGCGGAAUCUGAUGCAGCAAGCGAGAUAUCAGAAGAGAAGGCUUUCACAAAAGUGGACAAAGGCAAAAUGAGGGCAAUAGAGUCGCCGUCGCCCGGACCAAUGGAAUCUCCGCCACCGUUGUCGCCUCCCUUGCCUCCUGCAAAGUUGGAAACUACGUCCCCAUUAACCAUGGACGCACCCCUGCCUCCUACGCCCAUUCUGUUGGCAGGCCUGGCAAUACCCCCGGCUACCGUUUCUACAUUGCUUUCACGAGCUGCUACUGAGCUGAAGCCACGGUCCAUCAAGUUCCCCUUACUUGGAGAAUAUCCAGAUUGCUUCACGGGUGAAGAAUUUGUUGCUUGGUUGAACAUCAAUGUACCAGGAUUUGAUGGCAAUCUCGAUCGGGCUGAAGACGCCGCGAGGGAGCUGACAGAAAGAGACGGUCUCCUUCGUCGUAUUGGCGAGUUUGGCAAUGAGUUUGAGCAUUCUGAUGAAGCGUAUUAUCAGUUCCGACCAAAGGCUUUCGAACUUGGAUCCGAAACAGAAACAGCAUCAUCCGCGCCGAGGCGUAACCUUGCACCUCUGGCGGAUAGCCUGAUUAAGCGCUCGAAUAAUUUCGUGAAUGUCGUUACAAAGGCCUUGAACACCAAUGCACAGACUGAGCCCACUCACAUCAGGCUUCGCGUGGAGGCCGAAGAGGCCGACAAAAUUUAUCGCGUCGCUGUCAGAAAACUUGACAGACAGAGGCUUGGUCUUGAGGAACGUAUCGAGGAAACCUUGAAAACGCUCCAGAGAGGGGAGAUGGAGAGGCUGAGAGCCGUCAAGACAGUGCUACUUCAGUACCAAGGAACCUUGGCCACCAUACCCAAGGCAUUCGAACCAUCCAUUGAACACUCUGCCACUUUGGUUGCCUCAUACCAGCCCGACGCGGAUUUAACCGCGCUCAUGGAACGCUACCGCACCGGUCCCUUCAGACCUGUCCCGCAGCUGUAUGAGUCUGUUGCACACGACGAGUCAGAUGUAGUCUUUGGGAUUGACCUGCGCAAGUGGGCUGAGGGUGGUUGGAACGCACUUACCUCUGGCGAGGAGAAGAAGGACUUGAUCCCGCCAGUGCUGACGGCGUUGCUCAAUGCGUUGACCGAGACAUAUGAACGUCUGCCAAAUGACUCAGAAAAACGAAAAGCCUGGAUUUACGAAGUUCCGCUUCCUGCGUUGCAUCACCUUAGAGAGGCUCUUAAUGCCGUUCCCCCCGAGCAGCCUUUCUCGCUUGAGAUGCUUGCCAAGUAUGAUGCUCCUGUGCUUGCAGGUGGUAUCAAGUUAUGGGCUCUUGAGCUUGAUCCGCCCCUCGCUCUUUGGGAGGGAUGGGAUGAUAUCAGGAAACUCUACCCUACAGUUGGGUCUGCAAAGGCUUAUGGCGACGUUUCGGAAGAACAGCACCUCCAGGACUUGCAAGUGGCUCUUCAGCAUCUGCCAAAGGUCCAUCUCUAUGUCCUAGAUGCUAUUGUCUCUCAUCUCAGAAAUUUAAUUGAAUCGACAAGUGUAGAGGAAUCAGAUGACAUCUACUUCACGAAGUUGGCUCUGUCAAUCGGCCGCACGAUCAUCAAACCCAAAGUGGAGACGGAGCUGUCCAUCCAGGACCGCCAUCCUACGCUUCUGUUUAUCGAUCUGCUUAAGAACUACGAUGAUAUUCUCCCCCCUACUAUCGCCAGGAAGAAGCGGGAGUCCGAGCGACGCAUCCCGAUCCGGAAGCGCACAGCACCUGUUGACAUGCGUAUGAGCCGAGGCAGAAUCUCUGUCGGUGCUCCAUCUCAGGAGAUUUUAGCUGCCCAGCAAGCAGCACAGAGAGCCAUUGCUCAGGUUCCAGAUGCGACAAUCCCUGAGCGUGUUCCAGAAGCUCCACGCGCCGCAGUCCACGCUUCACCGAUCUCAGAGUCGAAGAGCUUCGAUACUGAACCAGAAAUAUCUGAUGCAGCCGUCGAGGAGCGUGAGCAAUUUGACGAUACUGAACAAUCUGUCAGCUCUCCUGCUGUUGUUGAACACGACACGACACCUCAACGUCCAGAGUUCAAAGAGCCACCCCCUGAGUUCGACGAACCCCCCAGGCCUACAUUCCGGGAACCGCCCCCAGAAGUUGAUGAUGUCCCUAGCUCCGGCAUACAGCCUACUUCCUUUGUUUCUCCGCCUGCUUCGCCACCCCCUGUGGUGGACGAGAAGCCACCCUCGCCCGCAGUGUCCGUGACACCUGCCACGCCCCACAACCCAAUCAAGGCACUCAGGCGCAACUCAGCCAUACGCUCUGGCAGUGCAUCGCCAGCGCGUAGUCCGUCUCCCCUUGCUUCAUCUGCUACGCCUGGUAUUCCAGCAGAAGAUCAGGUUCUGAGCGCCGGAAGAACUGGGCUGUCAAGGCAUUCCUCUGGACAGGCGGCAGUUGUGCGCGGUCCGCGUAUAUCCCGUGGCCCAAGAGCGGCUGGUGGAGGGAGUGUAAGCAGCAUGGUGGCGAAUUUGAACAGGAGUUCGAUGUCAAAGUCUCCACCUCCAUCCCCGAGCUACAAGAGGCUCUCUGGUGGGACAACACGUCCAGGAUCGAUGCUGGGGGUUGCAGAUGGGAAAAGCAAGAUUGGCAGAAGUAGCGCUUUCUCCAGGAGGACCAUGGCUAGUGAUGCAGAGGAUGAGGUGGUCGACAGGGUAUGAGGUUUGCUGAAUGUUCGCAUAUGAAUCGGAUCCACGGAACAAUGAUCUAGCUCAGAAUACGCUCUUGAUAUGUACGGAUGCUCUUGACCUGCAAUAUAACUUAUGUCACAGUCGUUU